AUGACUGCGAGUGAUACACAAGGUGAAGGAAGACAGUGUGCAAGAUUUACUACCAGUGUAAACCAUGGCCACUGUGGGAGCAAGCCGACCCUCAGCGUGGAAGGAGUGGGAGCCGAUACUAAUGCCAGCCCUGUCAAUAUGUCAGCCAUCUUGUCGUCCGUGAUGAAGCUUGUAAAACGCCUAAAAACAGACAAAGAGGUGACAGCUAAACUACUCAGCACAGAGAGAGAAAAGUCAUACGUCUUGGAAAAGAAAGUUAGCCAAUUCUCAGCACAGCGGCUCAAUGUUCUUCCAGAGGCAGCUGAAAAAGUGCACAGAACUCGCGUUAUGGAUAUCAUGGAACUGGAGUGGCACACCUCGUACCAGAAACGCAUCGAGGCACAGAUCAAGCCGAAGGUGACUAGAGCAGAGAAGUUGAACACGCGCCUUAAGGCUGACAUUGCCUUCGUAAAUAAGCACUGUCCCCUUAUAGAAGGAAAGCUGAAGCUACAAGAGGAAGACAUGCAAAAAAUAGAUGAAGCACAAGAACAGGCUACACAAGAGUUGAACGAUGUGCUACUGUCUUAUGGUGCCGCAGAAGAACAUUCAAGCCAGGAGCACGAAAAGGGAGAAUCGGAGAGGUUAUCCAUCAGCAAGAAAUUGCGAGAUGCCAACAGAAAACUUAAAAACGUCUGUGCUGAGCUGCAGUACUGCCAGGAUCUCCAUGCAUCAUAUAUACAGCAGGCUGAGGAAUCGAGGGUCAAGAUCAAAACUACAGCUGCAGACCUUCAGGAGAAGCUAGAUACAGAUACGAGGCUCGAUGAAGAUGAGUCGGCUAUUGCUGCUUCUGUCAAAGCACUGGACAAGAAAAGAAAAUUCCAAGAGAAAGACAUCAGCGGACUGCAAUUACAAAUCAAACUGCUUGGAGAGGAGAGAGACAAGCAGAUUGCAGCGUGGAAGUCUGCUCUAACAGAUAUGCAAAACACGGUUCACCAGACAGCAUCUAAACUGAGAGCCAUUGUGAAUAGCAGCAAGGUGCACCAGAUUACUACUGACGACACACUCGAGAACAUAUCCGAAAUGUAUUUAUAUUUGAUAAUGAUCUCACAGAUAUCUUGGUAG